UUGAGUCGAUGGUCAAGUUUUACGACUAACGACGUCAAUUUCAUUGAAAGUUGAAGUUGAAACUGGUUCUAGUAGCGCGAAAGGAAUGAGGACAUAUCUCUGAAAACAAGUGAUUGUAAAAUAUAAAACCGUAUCACAAUGCCGCCAAGCAGCUUACGGGUAGUGUACGCGUUUGCAAGAGAAAUGCAUCCAAAAACGACUGAUGUUUUCAUACAAUACGGGACGGCCGGAUUCCGCACAAAGGCCAAUCUAUUGGAACAUGUGGUCUAUCGCAUGGGUUUGCUGGCCGUCAUCAGAUCCAGGGUGAAGAAUGGUCGCACAAUAGGAAUGAUGAUAACUGCUUCCCACAACCUGGAGCCUGACAACGGAGUCAAACUGGUAGACCCUGAUGGCGAGAUGUUGGAGGAAAGCUGGGAGGAGAUCGCUACUAGACUCGCUAAUGUUAGUGACAAUGACUUGGAGGCUACGACUGUGGAAAUCAUCAAAGAAGUAAAUGCUGAUAUGGCGCUGAAAGCCAGUGUGUUCAUCGGGAUGGAUACCAGAUACACAAGUCCCCGCUUAGCUGCAGCGGCUGCCAACGGCGUGAUAGCUCUGAAGGGUACUCCCAAAGAGUUCGGUAUCGUCACCACUCCCAUGCUGCACUUCUUCGUCAAGUGCAGGAAUGAUAAUACUUAUGGGACUCCUAAUGAAGAAGGAUACUACGAGAAGAUAGUAGGAGCAUUUAAGAAUAUUCGCAAAAGACUGACGGUGCAUGGCAAUUAUUCUACCCGGUUACAUAUCGACGGCGCGAAUGGCGUCGGCGGGAAGAAACUCAACAUUAUCAACAAGAGCUUAGAUGGACAACUAGACUUGCAGCUACAUAAUCUAGGGGGAAAUGGGGGGAAACUUAAUUUGGGGUGCGGAGCGGACCACGUGAAAGUAACGCAGACGCCAGCGACGGGCUUCACACACACACCGUUCGAACGCGUCGCCUCACUCGACGGAGAUGGCGACAGAAUCGUAUAUUAUUUUAUUAAUGAUGACCCAGAACCAAAAAUGAUCCUCCUCGACGGUGACCGCAUAGCGACACUGCUAGCUUCGUACAUAACCGAGCUGCUACAGGGCUGCGGUGCUCAGCACCUGCAGAUGGGCAUCGUGCAGACUGCAUACGCUAACGGCGCAUCCACUAACUAUAUCACUGAUACUCUUAAAGUCCCCGUAAAAUGCGUGAAGACAGGAGUAAAACACUUGCACCACGCGGCGCUGGGCUUCGACAUCGGCGUGUACUUCGAGGCCAACGGACACGGCACUGUGGUUUACAGCAAAAACGCUAAGAAUACUAUCAGCAGAAUCUCGCAAGAAGGAGAACCAGAGGCCCGUAAAGCGGCAGAACUUCUCCUGGACUUCAUCGACAUGACAAACGAGACAGUAGGAGAUGCUCUAUCUGACCUGUUCCUCGUGGAGACGGUCCUGUGUGCUCGAGGCGCCUCCGUGCAGCAGUGGGCCGGAUACUACACAGACCUGCCUUGUAGGCAGCUUAAAGUUAUCGUACAGGACCGCAACGCAAUAACAACGACAGACGCGGAACGUCAAUGCAUGACGCCGGAGGGGCUACAGACGCGGAUCAACGAGCUCGUGGCCAAGUACAGCCACGGCCGGGCCUUCGCCAGGCCUUCGGGCACUGAGGAUAUCGUCAGGGUUUAUGCUGAGGCUGAUACACAGGCGAAUGCGGAUUUAUUAGCGGCCGAAGUUUCGCAAGCUGUCUUCGACCUGGCGGGCGGAGUGGGGGCGCGGCCCGAGCUGCCCGCACAAGCAUAGAGAGCUGUAUAUACCAAAAUGAACAAAUCUUCAUACUUUAUUUACUAAUCGGAUAUCACAAUUUAUAUUUUAAAAGGCUUUUUGUCUAAAUAUUUGUCUUAAUUGGUCUUGUUUUAACGUUAUUUUGCAAUGGUUAUCAUCUAAAAAUGGUAAAUAAAAUAAUUUUGAAAAUUCUAUAUUUUAUGGGACAGAUAUUUAGACAAAAACAUUGACUUAGAAAAAAAGAAAAUCAUUCAAAAAUCUUAUCAUAAAACAUCGCGGAGCGAUUCUAUAUAUUAUUCUUUUAAAUACAUAUUUAUAAUUAUAAUAAAUAAAUAAUCAACAAAAAUAUGUAUAAUAAAAUAAAAUAAAAUUAAUUUAGUUAAUAGUUUUAAUCUUCAGUCAUUUCGGUACAACGCACUACUAGUCCAUUGGUUUAUUUUGUUGCAAAUUAUUUUGGACCAAUGUUUUUUUAUAUUUUAUUUUUACUUGCAUGAAUCUUUUUAAAAUAA